UACGGUUACAAGGUAAAAUGGCGCUAGGUAGCGAGGGCGGCGACGAGCGAAACACCGUUGGAACCCUAACAUCAUCACUGCCGCUGCCAACUCUUCCUUUUGAUCUCAUUGAAGAAAUCCUUAGUAGGUUACCGGUGAAGCUCCUCCUUCAGCUCCAAUGCGCCUGCAAGUCAUGGAAUUCUCUAAUCUCUGAUCGCAAAUUCGCUAAGAAGCACCUUAGCCUGUCAACCACGCACAGCCUCCACUGCGUAAGCGGCUACUCUCAAAAUUUCAUUCUCAAGUCUUACCCACUGGAUUCUGUCUUCACCAACGUCACAACCACCGUCUUCAGACGACCCGAGUUUUCUGUUUGCCAGUCUGUUGACUUUGUUGGCUCGUGCAAUGGCAUCCUUUGUUUUGCUGCUAAAGAAAGCGAAUACUCCAAUUUUAUUGUUCGAUUAUGGAACCCUUCCAUUAAAAAACUCAAGGAGCUUCCCUCUCUUGGAGAGCCACGUCGUUUUAGGUACAUUCCGAAGAUGUAUUGCUUCGGAUAUGACCCUGUUAGUGAUAAUUACAAGGUUGUGGUUGUUUUCCGUGAACUAGUUGACUUUAGUAGUAGUAUUAGUAAUAGUAUGUGUUACAAGGAUAUUGUGACGUAUGUGAAGGUUUAUAAUUUGGGUACCAAUUCAUGGAAAAGCAUUCCAAUGUUCCCUUAUGUUGCUUCACCCAUUGAGCAAUCUGGGCAAUGUGUGAGUGGCACGAUUAAUUGGUUGGCUUCUAAGAAAAGUCAAUGUUUUAUUAUUUCUCUUGAUUUGGGGAAUGAGUCUUACAAAGAGAUUUUGUUGCCCAAUUAUGGAGAGGUAGAUGCUCGUAUUUUGCUCUUGAGUGUUCUCAGGGAUUGCUUGAUCUUGUUUUCUGGUGACGACGUUUGGGUAAUGAAGGAAUAUGGAAAUAAGGAAUCUUGGACUAAAUUGUUCACUAUUUCUUACAUGCCAUCCUUUAUCCAGGCAAUACAUAUUUUUGAGGAUGAACAUGUGCUCCUUCACUGUGGAGAGUAUGGGAAUUACAGCUAUAUCAUUUACAAUUGUAGAGACGGUACUUCAAAGCUUAUUGGUUACUUGAACAUGUUAUCCCCAGAAGUUUGCGUUGAGAGUUUAAUAUCACCUUGUUCUUAGUGCUAGUAUGUAGAUGAGGUGCUAUGUCAUAAAAAUGAGAUCUAACCAGAACCU